CUGGGUGACAGGAGUCUGGCAAUUCUGCCCAUGCUCAGACUCCCAGUGCAGAGACAUCCUCCCCUUUGGGGAAGGAAGUGCUGCCAAACCAUUGCAAUAAGCUGGAGUCCUGCUGCCUUAGUUUGCUGUUGGCUUGGCUGUGUAGGAGUAAGGCUGAGAGAUUUUUUUUAGGACUGGAGGAGACACAGUGCCUCAUGGAAUAAUGAGCAUGGUGCAAGAGCCAGCCAGUCACCCCCAGAAGACAACCACAGGACAGUAUUGAUCAUGACUUCCACGAAGGAGCAGGCAGCCAUCAGCAGACUGAUGGGGUUCUUGCAGGAAUGGGACAAUGCUAGCAAAGCUGCUCGUAGCCACAUGCUGGAUAAUUUCAUUAAGGCAAAUCAAGGAAAGACAGGGCCAGAGUUGGAGCUGGAAUUCUCCCAGGGAGCCAGCUUGUUUCUGGCCCGCCUAACAUCAUGGCUGAGGCUGACCUACAUGUAUGGAAUAUACCUAGAUCAGCAGCUAAAGUCCAUUGGCAUCUUUCUGUCAGCUGCAAGUAGCCACAGGUAUCUUACUGAAUUUUUGGAGAUUGGAGGUGUCCUGACUCUCCUGGAAAUACUAGGUCUGAACCAACUGAAGGAAGAGGACAAAAGGGAGUCGAUAAAGCUACUCCAACUGAUAGCAAACGCUGGCAGGAAGUAUAAGGAGCUGAUUUGUGAAAGUUAUGGUGUGAGAUCAAUAGCCGAGUUCUUGGCCAAUUCCAAGUCAGAAGAGACUCAAGAACAAGUGCAAAUUCUGUUGGAUUCUCUAGGCCACGGCAAUCCCAGGUAUCAGAACCAAGUAUACAAAGGCCUGAUUGCUUUGCUGCCAUGCACAUCCCCUAAAGCCCAACAGCUAUCUCUGCAGACACUCAGAACUGUGCAGGCUAUUGUGGGAUCAGCCCAUCCCAGCAUUGUAGACGCUGUGCUGGGCGUGCUCAGCUCAAUGCACUUGGAAGUUCAGUAUGAAGCCAUUCAGCUGAUAAAGGAUCUCAUGGCCUAUGACGUCCGGCCAGCGUUGCUGAAGGGUCUGGUUGAAUUACUUAAACCGCCAGGGAAAGAGACUGCUAAAGUGAAAGGCAAAGCCCUGGAAGACCCAGUCACACUCCAUCUUCCUGAGCCCUUGUCGGUGUAUAUACAGCAAGCCGCUGCAGCAAAAACCAUCGGCAUCCUAGCCCAGGACUCCACCAAACUGGCUGAAGAGAUGAUCCAGCUGAGAGUGGUGCACGGCCUUAUGUGUGCUAUGGGGAACCAGGAUCAUACCACCUGCCAGAGACAGGCCAGCAUCUCUCUAGAGUAUUUUGUCCAGACAUUUCCCAUUGUGGAGGAGCAUGUGAGGAAGGCAACAGGAGAGACUCUGUUCCAGCUUUUUAUGUGCUCAGGAGGGAAGAGUCUGGGACUGCUGAGCUUCAUCUUCCUUUGCUUAAUCGAGUGCCAGGGGAAAGCACGAACGCAGUCCCCCACUACCACAAAUUAUGCAGUCGAGUUUCCCGCAUUUGGGGAAAUCGCAGGGGUCAGCACACCUGCAGUGCAAUGGAUGAGCCUCACCCUGGGAAAACCACCUUUGUGAUCAUGGUA